GAGCCGACUCCGCCUUUAGAGAGCGACCGACAGCCACCCACACUGGAGGCAUACCUCGGUAGGCCAAGCGACGCACAGCCACCCCCGUUCCUCACAUUACCCCUGGAGCUGCACCGACUGAUCGUCAGAGAACUGAAGUAUCCUGACCUGCUAUCGCUGAAGCUCUCCCACCCGUACUUCCAAGGCAUGAUCGGCCUCCAACCGACGAUCCACAGCCGGAUUCAGUGGCUCAUGAGCCGCUCGAGAAUGGCUCUACCGGUGCCUCAAAGCACGGGGUUAUCAUUCCUCUCGGAUGUCGCCUUCGUCGCAAAUCCCGAGGUCAAGGGCAUUAUGAACAAGAGACGGCGCCACCAUGAUUGUCUCAAGUCCCAAUCUGCUAGGGAGAUGACGAUCAAGACAUUGGGGUGGCAGAAGGGCAGGACGUUCUGUUUCGUGCUGGAAGCCAGCUCUUGUCCUUGGAUU